UAUGUUUGAAAAUCAAACUCGGUGUAUUGUAUAUAAACAUUACCCUUUGAUCUCUCCCAAAUUAUUUUGUGAUAAGGAGUGAUCGCAACAGUUUUUACGCAAUGGCAGGCUUAAGAAAAUUGGGAAACAUCAAGCUAAAUCAAACUGCGUUCUUUCUUUGUGAUAUGCAAGAAAAAUUUCGACCGUCAAUUAAGUAUUUUGCAGAAAUAACGGAGGUUGCCAAACGAUUGGUAGCAGGAAGCAAGAUAUUAGAUAUACCAUUGAUCGUAACAGAACAGUAUCCUAAAGGCCUUGGUAAUACUGUGAACGAGUUGGACAUUUCCCAUGCCACCCAAGUUUUUCCCAAAACAAAAUUUAGUAUGGUGUUACCAGAAGUUGAAGAAACAAUGAAAACACUCAGGAAUGGUUCAUUAAAACAUGUUGUUUUAUUUGGCAUCGAGACUCAUGUAUGUAUACAACAAACUGUGCUUGAUUUACUGUCUAAAGAAUAUGAGGUCCAUGUAGUUGCAGAUGGCUGUUCAUCUAGAAGUCAAAUGGAUAGAAUGUUUGCUUUACAGAGAUUUCAGCUAGCUGGAGCAACAGUAACAACAAGUGAGGCUAUUUUGCUACAGUUAGUAGCAGACAAAGAUCAUCCAAAAUUUAAAGACAUACAGAGUAUUAUCAGAACCAGUGCGCCUGAUUCUGGUCUUGUUGCUAAUUUGUAAAAUGAAAACAAAAAACCCAGAUGAUGAAUUCUGCUAAUUUCCAUCCCGAUAAUAUAUAUUUGAUUGUGUAAUAAUUUAUAAAUUUUAUUUACACAAUGUCAUGUUUUAGGAAAAAAUAUUUAUUAUGUAACUUACCUACUACAGAGAUGACCAUGUAUGUAUUACUGUAAAUAUAAUAAAUAGAUAUGUGUAGAUUAACAAAUGAAUGAAUCACUUUGAAAUUAAA